UGAUUGAUGGUUCGAAAUUGAUUUAAACAUUUUUUUUGAGUAAUUAUAGUUUGUGUUAUAGAUCUGUCUUCUGAUUAAGAAUGAUUUCAUUUUUGAUGUGGGUUGAUGGGUCUUUAACAAAAUCUCGAAGGAGUGGGUUUCCUCUUUAAUUAGCUUUUAUGAUAUGGGUUGAUGGUUGGAUGAAGAAAGCUUGAAGAAGUGGUUUUCUCAUUUUACUCUUCGAUUUCUUCUUGGGAAUUUCGCUUUGUGAUGUUAGAAGAUUUCUCUCACAAAGGUCAAAUUUUUAGAGGCUAAGUUGCUAAUUUGGCUACACCAUAUAUAUUUUUGCCAAGGAAAGUAUCUCUCUGCCAAAUGAGAUGUGGUUACUGUACAUGAAUUGAGACAGGUUGAGCUUAACGUUACUAAGUCAGCAUCAAUAGAAAUGCAAGCAUCCCAGGACCCUCAAACAUCGUCCGGUAUGGCAUAUUGCUUUUCUCCUUUGCAAGUUCUGAACAGCAAUUCAAGUGGUAAUAGAAUUAGUGAAGGGACUGAAGUUUCUGUUCAAAAUUGCACCGAACAAUUCUUCACUUUGGAAUCAACACCAGCAACUGAUUUUGUUAUCUACAAUUCACCUUCAGCUCUAAGCGUCGCAUCUAACAGGAGCCCAUUUUCUCCCCAGUGUUCUCAAUCCUACGUGUCUGAUAUCCAUCAUUCAUCUGAUAAUAAUUACGGGUCACCAUUAAGUGGGUAUUCCGGGGUUGAUGAUAACAGCAAAUUGAUGCAUGCACUCAUGGUAUUGAGGAAUGAAUUGUUGGGACCUGAAUCCGAUAUGGACGACAGUUGCUCCUUUUACGGUGUACCCUCACAAACUUCUACCUUUAAUAAAUUCGACCGAAUCUUAGAAAUGGCACCUAGCAUGGAUCUGAAACAGGUGCUCAUUGAAUGCGCCGAAGCAGUAUCAGAAGGUGAUUUAUCAACUGCAGAAGCUCUGAUGGACAUAUUAGAAAGAAGGGUUUCAGUAUCUGGUGAGCCUAUAGAAAGGCUGGGUGCAUACAUGGUGGAAGGACUUAGGGCAAGAUUGUUGUCCUCAGGAAGUAUAAUCUACAAAAAGUUGAAGUGCAUAGAGAUAACGAGUUCAGAAUUGAUAUCUUACAUGCAGGUCCUUUAUCAUGCCUGUCCGUAUUACAAGUUUGCGUAUAUGUCUGCCAAUGUUGUAAUUGGGGAAGCCAUGGAAAAUGAGAAUCGAAUCCACAUUAUCGAUUUUCAGAUUGCACAGGGCAGUCAGUGGGUGUUCCUUAUUCAGGCUCUUGCACGUCGGCCCGGUGGACCUCCAUAUAUCCGCAUUACUGGUGUUGAUGAUUCCCAGUCUGCUCAUGCAAGAGGUGGAGGACUCGAGCUAGUGGGUGAGACUUUGGCAAAAGUGGCCAAAUCAUGUGGUGUGCAAUUUGAAUUCCAUGCCGCUGGUAUGUCAGGAUGUGAAGUCCAGCUAGAAAAUCUUCAGAUACGACAUGGAGAAGCCUUGGCCGUAAAUUUUCCUUAUAUGCUGCACCACAUGCCAGACGAGAGCGUGAGUACUAUGAAUCAUCGAGACCGCUUGCUUAGACUAGUUAAGAGCUUGUCGCCCAAGGUUGUAACCCUUGUUGAGCAAGAAUCCAACACUAACACUGCCCCGUUCUUUCCCCGAUUUUGUGAAACUCUAAAUUAUUACACAGCAAUGUUUGAGUCAAUUGAUGAAGCUCGACCAAGGGAAGACAAGCAGCGGAUUAAUGCCGAGGAACACUGUGUGGCAAGGGAUGUUGUCAACAUAAUAGCAUGUGAGGAUACCGAGAGGGUGGAAAGGCACGAGCUUUUUGGAAAAUGGAGGUUGAGACUCAUGAUGGCCGGAUUUUCUCCAAUCCCAUUGAGUCAAUCGGUAAGCACCGCCAUUAGGGACAUGUUAAAUGAGUAUAGCCGCAAUUACAGUAUCGCGGAGAGCAAUGGCGCUCUAUAUCUUGGAUGGAAGAACAGAGCUAUGGCUACAUCUUCUGCUUGGAGAUAAAAACUUGUUAGGGAUUUGCUUCACUAAAUCUAUAGUUUUUUAUUUACUUGUAAAGUAAAUUUUCUGCUGGUUAUUGUACUUUUUCUUGUCGCUUGAGCUGCUCCGGUAGGGCUCGACUCCGGCACUUAGACCUCUUGUACGGUAGUGGCAGCACUGGGAUUUGGAUAGACUGUUUUCUUUUUCUUUUUUUUCCUUAAAAAGAUAUCCAUGGAUGCAUUUGUAGCUCUGUAUUGGCACAUCUCAAGAACCAAAUGCGGCAUUUUAAUGCUGGAACUUGUGACAUAAAUUAAGGUUUUCCAGUUGGUUAAGAUUCAA